ACAGCAUUUUUUUGUGUGUGUGUUGUAGAUAUGUGACUUCUCUGAUGCACACGCAAACUCCGCUUGUACUUUCCUCGGGUGUGUCAAAAGAUCCUGGCAUUUUGGGUGAACUUCUUUUAACGAGAAAAAUGGACUACUUAGUCAGCAGGAAUUUUCUGCUAUUGGUCACAGUGGGGGCCAUAGUUAGCACCAGAGGUCAGGAGACGCUUCCUAAACCUGUGGUUCCAAGCAUGGUUAAUGCCUGUACAGGAUCAGACGCAACCAUUGAGUGCACUUUUUCCACAGAUAAUCAAUCGCUUAAGCUGAAUUGGUAUUUUGGUCAAACUUCUAACUUUCAUGAGAGUACGAAAAUUUACCUCCACUCAUCACAUGCCUCCAAUAUAAGUAAUUAUCAUGAAGGCAAAGAAGGGAACACUUCAUAUUUAACUAUUAGAAAUGUUAAUUUCAAUGACAGUGGAUGGUAUUUUUGUAUGAUCAUAAAGGACAUUCCUCGACUCUCCACAGCCUGCAGCAGUGGAUGUCAACUUGUCAUUUAUUCACCCACACCCACACCCACUUAUUCAGAGGACAAUACAACAAACUACAAUACAACUACAAUUUGUGAUCAGAACACUUCAACUGCUCAUCUAUGGUGGUUGUGGGUAGCUUUGUCAGUGAGCUGUGCUCUACUGUGCAUAACUGUGAUCAUCACAAUGGUCUUAUGUAGAAGAAAAAAAGAGGCCCCUGUUUAUGAGAACACAAACAACGCUUUAAAGCGAAAAUGGAAAGAGGAUCAGUCUUUUCAACAAUGCAUGCCUUCAAACAAACAUUUGAAUAAACAAGUGGAUACUCUGAAACCGCACAAAUAUGAAAGUCAUCCCAAAGAAAUCUCUAUUUAUGAGAACACAAAAGAAGCCUCAAGAAGAUAUGGAAGGAGAUACUGAUCCCUUCACUGCUGUAUGUCAAAAGGACAUUUAAAUGGAACAAAUGGAUUUCACAUUACGAAUGGUAAACAGAUGGACCAAAUGUUAAAGUGGAAACUUAUUUAAUUGAUGUAUUAAAUGGUAGUCUAUCUUUAUGUUUAUUUUUAGA